AAUAAAUCAGGCAACAUUAUUAAAAGUUUUUUUUGAAUAAGAGAGAUCUGAUUGAAUAGGAAAAUUAGCAUUGCCUCCCUCUGUGUCUCUCCUCCUCUUUGGCCAGACCAGCCCUCUUCAUGGGGGGCAGGGCAAGUUAAGGCAAACCAGAACAGAGUAAAGUAGGCAGUAAAACUAGUGCGGUUGUGGUCUGACAUGUCAUUUGAGCUUAAAGAAGCAAGGGGCAAACUUGGGAAGGACUGACUGGCAUCUCUUUGAGCCUGUGAGCUUUUUAAAGAAAUCAGCGUUGAUCCCUGAGAGGCGUGUGUGUGUGUGUGUGGAGGAGUGUAUCUGUCUGUUUGCAUGAAACCGUAAGACAUAACGUCCAGAAGGCGAUUCUACAGCUGCCAGUCUCUCAUCAGGUGUUUGUUCUAACAGGAAGAAUGCUGGAGCAUUGCCUCACUUUUGGUCGCUCCCUUGUGAGGAGGAAGAAUGUGGACCAGGACUGUCUGGAAGAGUCCAAGCUGUGCCGUUGCCUCUCCACUGUUGAUCUGAUUGCCCUCGGGGUGGGAAGUACACUGGGGGCCGGUGUCUAUGUGCUCGCUGGGGAAGUGGCCAAAGGCAGUUCUGGCCCCAGCAUCGUCGUGUCUUUCCUCAUCGCCGCUCUGGCAUCAGUGAUGGCUGGCCUGUGUUACGCAGAAUUUGGUGCGAGGGUACCCAAGACGGGCUCGGCCUAUCUGUACAGCUACGUGACCGUGGGGGAGCUCUGGGCCUUCAUCACGGGAUGGAACCUCAUUCUGUCAUACGUCAUAGGGACGUCUAGUGUGGCGCGGGCCUGGAGUGGGACGUUUGAUGAGCUUAUAGGGGGCCACAUUGAAAAGUUCUGCAAAAUGUACUUCAGAAUGAGUUUGCCUGGUCUGGCAGAAUACCCCGAUUUCUUUGCUGUCUGCCUGAUCUUACUACUGUCAGGCCUUCUCUCCUUUGGGGUGAAAGAAUCAGCUUGGGUCAACAAAAUCUUCACAGCUGUAAACGUGCUUGUGCUCAUGUUUGUUAUCAUCUCUGGAUUCGUCAAAGGAGACUCGCUCAAUUGGAAUAUAUCAGAGGAAUCUCUGGUGAACGUUACCAUUGUCAGGAGGAAUCUCUCACAAACUGCUAAUGUCACUAGUGAUUAUGGGGCAGGGGGAUUUUUGCCUUACGGCUUUGCCGGGACACUGGCUGGUGCCGCCACCUGCUUUUAUGCCUUUGUGGGGUUUGACUGCAUUGCAACCACAGGUGAGGAGGUGAAGAAUCCACAGAGGGCCAUUCCCAUUGGGAUAGUCAUUUCCCUGCUGGUCUGCUUUCUCGCCUACUUUGGUGUGUCAGCGGCCCUCACCCUCAUGAUGCCCUACUACCUGCUGGACGAGAAGAGCCCCCUGCCCUUGGCUUUUGAAUAUGUGGGCUGGGGGCCUGCGAAAUAUGUUGUAGCGGCAGGAUCGCUCUGUGCUCUGUCAACCAGUCUGCUGGGCUCCAUUUUCCCAAUGCCACGUGUAAUCUAUGCUAUGGCACAGGAUGGGGUGCUUUUCAAAGUGUUAGCCCAAAUCAAUCCUAAGACGAAGACCCCUCUUAUUGCUACAAUGACUUCAGGUGUAGUUGCAGCUAUCAUGGCUUUCCUGUUUGACUUGAAAGCGCUGGUGGAUAUGAUGUCUAUAGGAACCUUGCUGGCAUACUCUUUGGUGGCUGCUUGUGUUCUAAUCCUCAGGUAUCAACCGGAUGCUGCAUUUGAAAGGUCUAGGAUCAAUGAAGGCAAGGAUGAGGUUGGUGAGUCUGAACUGACCGAGUCCGAGUCUCAUCUGAACAUGCUGAAGGAUGGAAACGUAACCCUGCGUUCUCUGCUCAACCCUCCGCUGCUGCCCACCGAACAGACCUCCACUGCCGUCAACGUCUCUGUUGUGAUCAUGGUGUUUGCCGUGUGUGUUAUUAGCGCUCUCAACACAUACUAUGGACAGGCCAUUAUUGCUCUGAAGCCUUGGGCCCUGGGGGUCUUGGGGGCAUCUUUGUUUAUCUUCAUCAUGUGCAUCCUUCUGGUUUGCAGACAACCUCAGACGAGGAAGAAAGUUUCCUUUAUGGUUCCUCUCUUGCCCUUUCUACCCAUCUUGAGUAUAUUUGUCAACGUGUAUCUGAUGGUUCAGCUCAGCGGAGACACGUGGAUCCGUUUCUCCAUCUGGAUGGCUAUAGGUUUCCUCAUCUAUUUUGGAUAUGGAAUGUGGCAUAGUGAUGAACGUAAGAGGCAUCUACAGAACUACGGCGUUGCGACGGAGAAAAAGACACUGACAGGAAAUGAAGGCACUGUGGAGUAUGUGACGCACAUGGAGAAGACUAGCCCAUGUUAAAGAACAGCAGAUAAACUAGGAUAGUAAUUAUAGCUGUUAUCCACGGCAUUCACCAACCAGCUGAUAGACCUGUGCAUUCAGCUCUGCCUUUCCAGUCGCUGCCAUCAUGAACAAUCACUGUAACACCUCUCAGUGUUGAUGUGACAGUAGGACGUUAGGGGUGUGCGAUCUGGCAAUAAAAAUUCAAUGCAUUGACUAUGGAACUGAUUCUGUACCCAAUAUCAAAUUAAUAUGUGUGAUUUUGGAUAUUAACCAUAUAUACUUAUGAAAAAUAGCAAAAUAACCGAACAUAAAUAGUGACCAAAUUUGAUAUUUUAUUCAUUUUCAUUAAUAAAUAGUUAGGAUCGCAUUGAAUUAUUGUCAGAGCAAAUAUUUUACCCCUGUAAGACAUACCUCUGCAUAUAAGCAAUUUGCUUUUAAAUGUGUUUUGAAGAGAAAGGGAAAGCAUGUUUUGUUUUUUUUUUGCAUGAAAGUAUUAAGAUUUCCACAGACAGUAUCUUAAGAUAACUUCCACUCGUAGUUUGUUAAAUAAAAAAAUAAUAAACUAAAAAUAAAUAAAUAAAUAAAGAAAGCAAACCAUUUUAUAGCAUAUAUACUUGGUUUUAAAGGUAUGGGACACGUGCUAAAGUAGCAUUAUUAAAUAAUGUGGACCACCAGGAAAAAUGCUGGUAAAGCCAUGAUUAUGGUGAAUGUCCAGCUUUACGGCAGGUCUGAAUACUUGUCUUGUUAAAGUGUUUAAUUCUAAGAUUUAGAAUGAAUUCUUUUAACUUUCUGUUUGUGCUUGAAUUGUUUAGCUGUUUGGGUAACACUAUUUCAUGUUCUCUUGUAUUCCGAUGAACACUACUUUUUAUUGUUGUGUAAUUAUCGCUGACUCUGUGACAGGGAUAUCUUAUACAAUGUACAGUAUUCAUCUGUUGUGUGACAACCAGAAGGUCUGAUGAUGUUGAAGAGGAGCAAGUACGUAUGUAUGUUUUGUCUAGUAAAAAUUACCUUUUUUUUCA